UCGCGAUCGCGAUUGACGUAUGUUGUUUAUGUGUGUGUUGCGUACGUUAUAAAACCAGACUUACUUUGCUGCUUUGCUGUAUGAACGUCACAUAUUUCAUUCAUUUGACUCACUCUCUACGCUGUUACAUGUCCGUAAUGUCGCGACUGUUUUGCUGCGUGUGUGUUUCUAUUUAAAAACUGCAUUUUCUGGAGCGACAUGUGGCGAGGGAUAUGUGUUUUCUGAUAUGUGACUUUGACAUUUCGUAUGACAUAAUGUGCGGGAAAUUCGAAUUUUUAAGAAAAUAAAAAGGAAUGUAGUGUUUUGUUAUUGAAUUAAAUGUAUGUAGGAAGUUCAAGUGAAAGCAAAGUGCGGAACAACUUGUUGAUUGUUAAUCGCCGCUAUGACCUUUCCGUGAUUGGCACAGACCAUAUGUGUGAAUUUUUUGCAACGUGCCUUUUAAAAGUUAUACACCUGGAAUUGUAUUGAAGAAUACUAUCAAGAUGUUUACGAUGACGGAAGGAGGGUUCGGGGUAGGGGACUUUGUGGCGUUCGGGUUCCUGUGCCUCGCGUCCUGUGCUGGGGGUCUGUGGUACAGCGCUAUAGGGUCCCGAACUAAAGCUGUAGUGGAUAUACGAGAUUACUUGCUCGGUGGACGAGCAAUGUCAACAUUCCCUGUCGCUAUGUCACUUAUAGCCAGUUAUGUGUCUGGAGUGACGAUACUGGGAACGCCUGCGGAGAUCUACAACUACGGCAGCCAGUACUGGCUAGUGGUGGUCGGAGUGUCUCUUAGCUGUGUGGUGGUUGCUACUGUGUACCUGCCAGUGUUCUGCACCUUAAGACUAUCUUCAUCAUAUGAGUAUUUGGAGUUACGGUUCAAUCGGCAUGUCCGCGCCGUGGCAUCCAUUCUGUUUUUAUUGGACGAGGUAUUGUUUCUACCUAUGGUCAUCUAUGUUCCAGCUUUAGCAUUUAAUCAAUUGACAGGGUUUAAUGUAUACGCAGUUGGUGGCGUUAUGGUCGCUAUAUGUGGCCUUUAUACAGUAUUAGGCGGUCUGCGCGCAGUGGUAUGGACGGACUCAGUGCAGACGGGCAUCAUGUUCAUUGGCGUGAUGCUGGUUGCGGCAGCAGGCACCAUCGCCGUGGGCGGCGUGCGCGUCAUCCUAGAUGUCACUGGGGAAUCUGGCAGACUUAGCAUCUCCAAUUGGGACUUCUCGCCAUACGUGCGGCAGACUGGCUGGGGUUCGGUAGUGGGCGGAUUCCUCUACUGGACCUGCUUCAACUCCGUCAACCAGACGAUGGUGCAGCGCUACAUCGCACUACCCAGCAAGAGAAAAGCUAUCAUUGCAUUAGCGAUCUUCUGCAUGGGUGCGAUCCUGGCGAUCUCGCUGUGCGUGUGGUGCGGGCUGGCGGCGUGGGCUGCGUGGGUCCGCGGUGGUUGCGCGCCCGCCGGCCGUCCGCUCGUCGACGACCGCCUCUUGCCCGCCUUCGUCACCUACGUCUCCAGGGUCCAGCACCUGCCGGGGCUCGCGGGUGUCUUCCUAGCUGGUGUAUUCGGAGCCGGUUUGAGUUCUCUGUCGGCGGUGCUGAAUGCUUGCGCGCUGGUGGCGGUGGAGGACAUAAUGCACGGCUGGCUGCGGCUGCGACUGCGCCCGCUGGUUGAGGGUCUGCUGGCGCGCGCAGUCACCGCCACCCUCGCGCUGCUCUCGCUCCUCAUGCUCGUCGUCAUCACUAAACUCGGCGGGGUGCUCGGUGUGGCUACAGCGCUGUCAGCGAUCGCGGCGAGCUCGACGUGCGGCAUGUUCACGCUGGGCAUGGCGUGCUGGUGGGUGGGGCCGCGCGGGGCCAUCGCGGGCGCGGUGGCGGGCGCCGUGGUCGCAGCCACAGUGUCGCUCGGCACGCAGGCCGCCGCCGCGCACGGCCUGCGCGAGCCUCCCAUGGACUACGCCAUGCAGUGUCCCAAUGCUACCUUCCAGCCUCCCGUGUAUCUAGAUCCAGAGGAAGUGUUUCCACUGUUCCGCAUCUCGUACCACUGGAUAGCGCCGCUGGGGCUGGUGACGACGCUGUGCGUGGGGAGCGCGGUGGGCUGGCUGUGUGACCGGCGCCAAGGCGUGCCGCUGGACGCCGAGCUGUUCACGCCGGCAGUGUGGCGCCUGCUGCCGGCGGAGGCGCGCGACAACGCCGGUGUGACGCGCAGGAACCUCGCCAGCAAGGCCGCGGACACGCCGCCCUCUGCGCCGCUCAUUGUGGGACAAGCAUCUGAUAAGAUUGAAAUGAAUGGAGAGUCGAGCAGGUGAAGAUUUGUUUAACUUUUAUACAAAUGUACAUAUCGUUCCUGUGUUUAUAAAGUUUAAGAAUACUUGUCUAAGAUGUUUUAUCAUGUAAUGACUAAUAUUAUCGGAUAU